AACAUAAAUGUUUUUUGAUGAGUCAUUGUGAAAGAGACCAGACAGAGCAGCCGGCGGACACCGGAGGAGUCUGACUUCCCCUCACAUCUCACAGUAUCCUGCUGCAACACGAGACCAACAAACCCCGAGAGCUUAUCAUCAUCACCACCACCAUCAUCAUCAGCAGCAGAAGCAGCAUGUCGGCACCGCAGGCGCGCGACGCACCAUCCUCCCUUCAAUUAUGCAGGAUCAUGCGGCCAGAUGAUGCCAACAUUGUGGGAAACGUCCACGGCGGCAUCAUCCUCAAGAUGAUCGAGGAAGCUGGAUGCAUUGUUGGCACGCGGCACUGCAACACACAGAAUGGGGACCGCUGUUUGGCAGCUCUAGUUCGGGUGGAGAAGACAGAGUUCCUGUCCCCCAUGUUCAUUGGGGAGGUCGCCCACGUCACCGCCGAGAUCACUUACACCUCCAAGCACUCACUGGAGGUGCAGGUCAAAGUCAUGGCAGAGAACAUCCUCACAGGUGCCAAAAAGCUGGCCAACAAGGCAGCGCUGUGGUACGUCCCCUGCUCCCUGCAGAAUGUCGACAAGAUCAUGGAUGUGCCGCCCAUCAAGUACGCCAGUGAAGAACAAGAGGAGCAGGGCAGAAAGCGCUAUGAAGCCCAGAAGAUGGAAAGACUGGAGACCAAAGCAAGGAUUGAGGAGAUGGUGCCGCCUACACCCAAACCAGAGGAUCCGCCCAAAGAACAACACUCCGUUAGUUUCAGCCAGUCCAGUCUGAUCCAUUUGGUGGGCCCUUCUGACUGCACGCUGCACAACUACGUACAUGGCGGUGUGACCAUGAAGCUGAUGGAUGAGGUCGCCGGCAUUGUAGCGGCUCGGCACUGCAACACCAACAUUGUCACUGCCUCUGUGGAUGCAAUCAACUUCCAUCGCAAGAUCCACAAAGGCUGUGUGGUGACAGUGACGGGGCGGCUCACAUUCGUCAGUAACAAGUCUAUGGAAAUCGAAGUGUUGGUGGAUGCUUCCUCGCUGGUGGAGAUAGACGUAGACAAAUACCGCGCUGUCUCUGCCUUCUUCACCUUCAUCUCCCUGGACAAGGACAAUAAGCCUCUGCCUGUCCCUCCUCUUAAGGUUAACGGAGAGGAGGAACAGAGGCGUUUCGAGGAGGGCAAGGCACGUUACCUCCAGAAUAAAGCAAAGAGACUCGCCGACAAGGUGCCCCAGCAGUGACGCCGCUGCUCGCCAGAGUUCACCGUCUGCAACAACAGUAUAUCAGACCCACACAACACAUACAGUAUGAAGGAAAUAAAAACAGUCUCUGCUCUUCUGUAAUUGUAGCCUCCUAUUAAACCUGAACCUGUGAUGAUUUUUUUCCUGUGCUAUGCACCAAAGUGUCCACAUGUGGCUGUAUAUGUAUUGUGAAUGUAUGUAUGAAGACUAUUCAUGACCACUGUCAGUGCAAAGUGACAGUCUGACUGUAGAAGUACUAUUUUAUUUAAAGAAGAUUUUUAAGUAUGAAGACUUCAUGAUUGGUGUCAGUGCACAGCGAUAGUCUGAGCGCAAGGAAAAUGAUGAAUAAGUGAGUGAAUAAUAAUGAAUAAAAGAUCCAAGCGUGA